AUGGUUUACACCGGUGAAACAGAGAAAUGCCCACAAAUCCUGUCGUCAGAAGUCAAAAUUCCCAAUGGAAGAAAGCAAAGAGUUACAUUCACUGGAAAAAAUCUUGAGACUACUUUUGGCUAUCAAUGCUUAGUUAAUGAAGUUUCAUACCCUAGUGUGCUGAAUGGAAAUACCAUAUCAUGUGAAGUUGAGGUUUCUUAUGAAGAAAAUAAAGCACAUUCUGAUCUGAAACCUGUAACAUUCAAAUAUUCAUUGAAUUCAUUAGCUGAUCAAAGCUACAAUUUAGACGCGUUUAAUGGAAAUCCAAAUCUUUUAGCUUACAAAUGUGAACAGCUGUCUUCAAACAAGAGGGAUUGCAGCACUUGUUACUAUCAGAAUUCUAAAGGAUACGAGUGUUCUCACUGUGGAGAUGACAGAGGAUGUAUCAACAAAUUGUCGUGCUCUGAACCAGCCCCGUGUGAAAAACCAGAAAUCACAGCGUUUACACCCACUGAUGGUGCAAUCGGAGGAGGCACUGAAAUCAGCAUUACUGGAAUCAACUUGGGAUUGACUGUCAGUGAUAUAAACAAUGUCACCAUAGCAGGAGUGAUGUGUUCAGAUGUUACACUGAACAACAGAACAAUCAAAUGCAUCACUGGGGCUUCAAGUGUUAAAUCAGGACCUGUGGUAGUCAUUGUGGGAAGCAAAAAAUCUGCUGAUUCAGCACAACACUUUGAAUACAAGGAUCCUGUUUUAAGGCAUAUUAGUCCAAAUCAGAUCAUUCAGUCAGGUGGAAGGAGCAUUCAUAUUGCUGGAGAAAAUCUUGCUAUUGGGAACUUGAAGUAUGAGGUGAACCUGAUACCUGUGAACACAACCAAUGGUGAAAAAUAAAAAAAAUGCAUUCUUUGUAGACCAACAGCAGAAAGAAAUAGGAUCACAUGCAAACCAAAUGGUUCAACCAAGAAAGGAGAUCAUAAAGUGGAAGUGAUAUUCGAUGGUAACACCACAAGAACUCUGGACAACAUUUUCUUCUCUUAUCUGAACGAUCCCACUGUGACCGCUACAGAACCCUCUGACCUCAAAGCCAUCAUGAGGUAUUGUUAGUUCCAUAGUUUUUCUUUCCAAGAAUAAAGUGAAACAAGAGUUUACAGCACUUUGGAGCAUUAAUGUUUUACAAUCAAUUCAACUAGUAAGGGAUUGAGUAUCCAGAUUAUUUUUUAGCUCACUUGAACCGACAGUUCAAGUGAGCUUUUCUGAUCACAUUUUGUCCGUCGUCCGUCU